UGCACCACACACUCAGACACUCAGACCACACUCAGUACUGUGUCACCCGGGCUGAUAACCCGCAUGAAAUACAACCACAUCAUAUUCCUUCGACAACUUUGACACGGCCGACAACGGACAACGGACGCCGCACUACUCCCAGGGUUCACCGCAUGCUCGCCGUCCCCCCCUCCGAGUGUACACCAGCCGUGCUGCCGUGCGAGUCGCUGCGACGGUCUCGACCAAUGCACAAGAGUGGUGCAAGCUGGGGUGCAGCCAGCCCCCGCUGCACACCCUGCCUUGAAGCCUCGUGCCGCCUCCUCCGUGCUGCAUGUCUGCAUGUUGUGUGCCGCCCGUCUCGGCCACAGCCCGUCGUAUGUUGGGCUCCAUCGGCGGACGACCGGCCAUGUCUGCGCGCCCUAACACUAGGCAACGCCGGGCUGUGUUGCAUCCUAGGAUUCCCUGGCUUGAAUGCCUGAGAGAUCUGAGUGGACAUCUCGAACAAUCCGCACCAUCGUCGACCGCCAAGGUCCCACUUCUUUUGCGGCCCGGUGACUCGCUUUCUGAAAACCCCUUCCUUGUGGGGUGGCGAGCCGUCUUUUUUAGUGGUAGUCAAAAGAAGGUGGUUUCUUCUUCCCAACAUUGCAUGGUCUCGACGGCGCCUUGUGCCCCAUACAAACUCAUUACCGGCCACACGCCAGAGUCCAAGGGCCCGGGAAUUUCACUCUUGUCGACCGGCCCCCAGUCUCUCAAGUCGUUUCUUGUCAAGAACCAUCCUGCAGGACGAAACUCUCUAGCUACAUACACCCCUCCACAAUAGACACACUUCCGCUGUGCUCUCCGCCAUCGGUGAUUCUACAAUGUCUCCCAAUGGACCGAAGCUCCCAGUAAAGCAGCUUGCGAUUCUGGCCGUCGCUAGGUUCGCGGAGCCGCUUGCUCUAACGUCCGUCUUUCCCUACCUACCAGAGAUGAUCAAGAGUUUCGGCGUACAGGACAAUAAUGUCGCAAGAUGGGCCGGCCUGGUGGGCUCGACAUUUUCGAUAUCACAGAGUGCUUUUGCGGUGCCUUGGGGGAGAUUGUCAGACAAGAUCGGCCGCAAACCGACAAUCAUCACGGGUCUUAUCUCGACCAUGGUUUGCUUCAUAAUAUGGGGGACUGCUUCCAGUCUCGCCAUGGCCAUCUGUAUACGGUUUGUCAUGGGUGCCGGUAAUGGAAACGUUGGUAUCAUUCGUACCAUGGUUGCUGAGAUGGUCCCUGAGAAGGAACUACAGCCACGCGCCUUCUCCUUGAUGCCUCUCGUCUGGAGCAUCGGCUCCGUCUUCGGGCCCUCAUUCGGAGGCUUCUUCGCAAGGCCUGCGGAACAGUAUCCGGGGCUUUUCGGCAAUAGCUGGUUGUUCAACAAGUACCCGUUCCUCUUGCCCAACCUCGUCGCUUGUGCCUUCUUCUUUGUUUCCGUUGUUGUGGCAAUACUGUUUCUCCACGAGACCCUGGAGACCAAAAGACACGAAAAGGACUGGGGCUUGAUUCUCGGAGAGAAGAUAUCGCUGCCCUUCAGGACGAGGCCUCGCCACAAGCAUAACCGUCACCACGGGCGUCACCACCGCCCCUCCUUUGUGGAUGCAGAAGCUUCGGCGCCUCUGCUGCCAAAGUCAGGCGUUGUCAUGAAGAAGACAUCAAAAGCUCCGCCGCCGACGAUGAAGGAGAUUUUUACGCCCCAGGUUACCAUGAACAUCCUCGCCUACACAAUCCUGGCAUUGCACUCCGUGGCCUUCGACCAGGUGCUCCCUGUGUUCCUAAACUACCACCGCCAAGUCCCCGACAGCGAGAACACUCACCUGCCUUUUCACUUCUCAGGUGGGUUCGGGCUCAACUCGAACAAGAUCGGCACCAUCUUCACCAUAUACGGGCUGGCUUGCGGCGUGAUACAGUUCUUCCUGUUUCCGCCCGUGUGUUCGCGCUAUGGCGCGCUCAAGUGCUUCAAAGCAGGAACUGUUCUCUUCCCGGUCGUCUACGUCCUGGUCCCUUACACGGCCCUCAUUCAAGACACACGCAUGCAGUUUGCAGCGCUGAUGGGGCUGCUACUGCUAAAGGGCUUCGCCGUCAUCGUUGGAUUUCCCUGCAUCACCAUCUUGCUGACCAACUCGGCACCCUCGGUCCGGAUCCUCGGCACGCUUAACGGGUUUGCAACCACCUUCUCCGGCCUUGGUCGGGCCGUCGGUCCAACCGUGGCCGGUGCCACAUUUAGUUGGGGCGUCAAGCGCGGCUAUGUCAUCCCUGCCUGGUGGCUUCUUGCCGCUGUUGCUGUGCUUCAGGCUAUCCCCGCGUGGCUGAUCGUCGAGGGCGAGGGCCUCAGCCGUGAGGAGGACACGGAUGAUGACGAUGAAGAGUCCGCCCGGCUCGACGAUGCCGACGAAAGUGCCAUAGAAGAGACAUCUGCCAAUCGCGCCAUCAUUGCCGGCGACGUGGCCGACCUGGUCGGCACCCGCGAGGACGCCGUGAUUACUGUGGACGACGAAGAAGAUGAGGAGGACUUCCAGCCGCUGGCAAGAAUAAGCUCGAGGGCCUCGAAGGGAAGCGCCGGGUACGGGACUUUGAAGGGGUCUCCGCCCAGCACACGGCUUCGAAAGAUGUCCGAGACGGGCCAGCACCUGUAAUGCAAUGAGGCCACGUUGCCAUGACCAUGCAGAGCAACAGUAGGCUGACUGAUUUCAUUCAAUUUGUCUACUCUUGACUGGACGUGUUGGGCUCCUGGCAUCCAUAUGAAUUGGUUUACACCAAGGCGUUGGGGAAUAGAAAAUUUUGGAUCAUAUUCUCUUUUUUUUUUCUCUUUUUUUCCCCCCCAAGCGAGCAUGGAGGGUCGUUGGAGCACUUCUAAUCAGCGCAUCGUUCAUACCAAGGACCAUGAAAGCCGUAUGUUGCCGUAGUGCUAGCCUUUGAAUAUAACUGGUCUAAUUUCG